UCCAUUUAACAGCUACAAUAAUUAUAAGUAAAAUAUCCGUGAAACGACGAAUAUAAUUUUAUGAUAUCGGAUUUUGGAGCCAUUUUACAUGUAAUCGAAGGACGGUACCAUGUCCUUCUUGACAAAGCUGGUCUUAGUACCGGCACUCCUCGCCCUCGUCAGCGCGGAGUUCCCAUUCGAGCUGGAGGUAGACCUUGACUUCGACCCUGCCGUGGCCAGGAAUGAUGAUCCGGCUUCUUACCGUCUCCCAGAAGACCUGGACCCCAUCCACUGCAACAUCGAAGUGACUCCGUACUUCGAAACGGCACCAGAAGGCAAAGAGCCGUUCACGUUCGAUGGCGAAACUACACUUUACAUUAGAGUUUUAUCAGAAGGACUAACUGCUAUGAUAUUACAAGACAACGUGAAAGACAUUGUCAACGUAACCCUCGUCACGGAAAAUUUCGAUAUUGUACCUUUGAAUGACUCCACUCCAUUCGACCGUAUCCGUCAGUACUUCUUCUUAAGAAUCAACUUGGCAGAUGGCGUGACCUUGGCCAAUGGCCAAGUUUAUUUGUUAAAUAUACACUAUAUUGGAAACAUAAACGAGACGCCUCUUACAAGAGGAAUGUUCAGGGGAAACUACAAAGAUAGCAGUGGAAAGGUUCACUGGUAUGCAGGAACACAUCUUCAGCCGACCCAUGGAAGACAACUCUUCCCAAGUUUCGAUGAGCCAGGCUUCAAGUCUACAUACAACAUUACAGUUAACAGACCAGCUAAUUUCACACAAACUUAUUCCAACAUGGACAUAGCGGAGACUAUUCCCAUGGGAGAUCUCGUCAAAGAAGUCUUCCACACAACUCCUAGAAUGUCUGCUUAUCUGAUCUCGAUCCUGGUCAGCGAAGACUUCAAAGUCAUCGCUCAGAACAACGACGCUGAUAGACCUUACCGCAUCAUUGCUAGACCCAAUGCUCCUAAUCAAGGAGAAUACGCUUUGAAAGUAGGCCCUCCACUAACAAAAUGGUUUGAAGACUACUUUAGUAUUCCCUACUAUACCAUGGGCCCAGGUAUGAAGAAUGAUCAGAUAGCUUCACCUGAUUGGGCUUCAGGAGCUACUGAGAAUUGGGGCUUAGUUUCUUACAGGGAGCUUCGUUUACUCUAUGAAGAGGGAGAGACCAACGCUUUGGACAAAAUGAACAUCGGCACUAUAACAGCCCACGAACUGGCACACAAGUGGUUUGGCAACCUCAUCACUGCGAGAUGGUGGGACAACGUAUGGAUCAACGAGGGUUUCGCCAGCUACUUCGAAUAUUUCGGAAUGCAUGGAGUUUACCCAGAGCUGGAGCUUGAGUCGCAAUUCAACAUCAUGUACGUGCAAAGCGCUCUGUCCGCUGAUUCGUCCGCCGCCACUAGGGCUCUUCGACAUACAGUCAACAGCCCUACCGAGGUCACGGGACACUUCUCCGGCAUCAGUUACUCUAAAGGCGCUACCCUACUUCUCAUGCUGAAGCACUUCCUUUCUGAAGAUACAUUCAAGAAGGCCUUGAACCGCUUCUUGGUUGACAGGUCCUACGAGCACGCUUUCCCUGAAGACCUCUACGUAGCAUUCAAAAACGCCACCACCGAAGAUGGAACUCAGCUGUACAGUGCUGACAUCGAAGAAUUCCUAAAAUACUGGGUCGACGAGCCGGGGUACCCUGUGCUAGAUGUCACUGUCAACACGGAUACUGGGCUGGUUCAACUUUCUCAGGAGCGUUUCUUCAUCAGUGCAACGGCCACUCAAACACAGCAAGUGUGGCCACUACCUCUGACGUACACAACUGGGAAGAACCCCGAUUGGAAUGCAUUGACACCUACCACAGUCAUGUUGGGAAAAUCUGACGAGAUCCAAAUUGACGCUGGAGACGCGUGGGUUAUUUUCAAUGUACAGCAAAAAGGCAUGUACAGGGUAAACUAUGACGAAAAUAACUGGAAACGGAUAGCUAAUGCCCUCAAAGCAGAUAUCAACAACAUUCACUUCUUGAACAGAGCACAGAUAGUCGACGAUGUGUUUGCUUUGAUGCGCUCCCAGCGCAUGACUUUCGAGAAAGGCUUCGAAGUGCUCGAUUUUCUGAGGGACGACACGAGCUACUACUCCUGGUAUCCAGCCACUUCCGGCUUGAACUGGAUCCGGAACAGAUUUUUGCACCUGCCGAGUGUUUUGGCUGAGUAUGAUGCAGUUCUCUUCGAGUUCUUACAAGCUGUGAUCGAGGACUUAGGGUACGAUGUGGUGGAGGACGAGCCUCUCACCAGGACCUUGAAUAGACUAUUCGUUCUGUCUUUCGCUUGCAACAUCGGCCACUCUGGCUGUGUACAAGAUGCUCUUCAGAAGUUCACCGCUUUAAGGACUUCGCAGACUCCAGUAAACCCUAACCUGCGCCGUCACGUGUUCUGCGUUGGACUGCGCGAAGGCACCUACGAUGACUGGAACUGGCUGUACAACAGGCGAUUGGAUUCCAACAACCAGGGAGAUGAGGUGGCUAUGCUCCGAGCACUGGGCUGCAGCUCCGACGAGCAAGCUGUGAAAGAAUAUUUGGAGAUGAUAUUGAGUGAUGACGUCAAAGCGCAAGACACAGUGAACGCAUUCACUUUCCUCUUCAUGGGUGACAAGGGCAACGCGAAGAUAGCUCUGCAGUUCCUGAAGGAAAGAACAGAGGAGAUCAGAAAAGCUGUCGUUUUACCAGCAUGGUUUCAAAACGUGCUGAGCGGCAUCGCUGGUUAUUUGGAGGAAGAAGGAUUAGAAGACAUGGAGCAAUGGCUGAACAGCAACCAGGAGUCGGUUCCGGAGUUCAAUGUGGGUCUGUCCGCCAUCGCCUCUGCCAGAUCCAGCAUGAAGUGGGGUGAUGACAACGCGGACGCUGUUCUGAAAGCAAUGGGCCGUGGUUCGGGUCACGUCAUCGUACCGACUCUCAGUUUACUCUUUACGACUUUGAUAGCAUUGAUGCUGAGAUAGAUACAAAGAUUAUAAAAUGUACUCUGAUUUUAUGUCUGAUUUUCUAUUCGAGUCAUUUGACUUCUUCUAGGUACAUACUAUUGUUGUUGAUCAAUAUGGUCUACUUUUUAUUUGUGCAAUGGUUUUAGAUUAAAAUCAGAGUUACAUUUAAAUAUAAGUUCCUUGAAUGGGUAUUCUUUGUGCUUCCAAAUGCUUUAAUGACUGUACAUAAUGAUUUUUAUAUUACUUAUUAUAAAACACAAUGAAGAAGCAAUAGUCGUAACGAUGUGCCUUAUUUAUAUU